CCUAUUGACUUUCAUGAAACAUGGCCUAUAUAUAAAUCAACCAAACCCCUCCACCAAUAUUCAAAAGAUCAACCAUGGUCUCAACCCUAAUCCUACUCUUCUCCACGCUCAUCUUCCUCUCCACACCACCACCUUCCCUCGCCGCGGACCCCGAUCCGCUGCAGGACUUCUGCAUCGCGGAUCUCCAAGCCCCGACCACCGUCAACGGCUUCCCCUGCAAACCAUCCCCGAACGUGACGUCAAACGACUUCUUCUUCAACGGCCUAGCCCGGGGGGGCGACACGGGCAGCAGCCCCUUCGGCAGCAGCGUGGUAUUGGGCAACGUUCUCGCGUUCCCGGCCCUGAACACGCUGGGGAUCUCGAUGAACAGAGUCGACAUAGCCCCCGGGGGGAUCAACCCACCCCACUCGCACCCCCGGGCCACGGAGGCCGGGGUGGUGGUGCAGGGGAGGCUGCUGGUGGGGCUGAUCUCCACCUCCAACGUGCUCUACGCGAAGAACUUGACGGCGGGGGAGAUGUUCGUGAUCCCGAGGGGGCUGGUGCAUUUUCAGAUGAAUGUUGGAGAGGAGAAGGCCUUGAUUUACACUGCUUUCAACAGCCAUUUGCCUGGUGCUGUUGUUGUCUCCCCCACUCUGUUUGGGGCAAGGCCUUCGGUGCCUAAUGAUGUUCUCACAAAGACUUUCCAAGUUGAUCAAUCUGUUGUUGAUCAAAUCAAGUCCAAAUUUGAUUGAAAACUUUAUUCAUUUUUUUGGUGUUUUUUUUUCACCUUUUGAGUGAUGAUUUGUGGUUGGUUUUGGGUAUAUAUCACUCUGAAUUUCAAAUUAGUUUUGAUGUAUCAAUUAUAUUCUGAAUUAUAGAAAAUGAUUUUUUAAAUCA